UAUUCCGCGUUGGCCUGGACGUGGCACCGAAGAGAAGCUGCGCCCACAUCGCUGAUCUCCGGUUCUUGGUCGCCUGUUCUCCGUCUCUUCUGCGGCUCUGACCAGUAGCUUCUCCCGGACUAACCGGCUGACAUUCUCCCGCGUUAGGUUUUUAAUCUACCGCCACUGAACCGGGACAUUUUUGUUUAAAAAUGGGUCUGACGAUCUCGUCUCUGUUCUCCAGGUUCUUCGGGAAGAAGCAGAUGAGGAUACUGAUGGUCGGUUUGGACGCAGCUGGAAAAACGACGAUCCUUUACAAACUAAAGCUCGGAGAGAUUGUCACCACGAUCCCAACUAUCGGUUUUAAUGUGGAGACGGUCGAGUACAAGAACAUCUGUUUCACAGUUUGGGAUGUUGGUGGUCAGGACAAGAUCAGACCUCUGUGGAGACACUACUUCCAGAACACACAGGGUCUGAUCUUUGUAGUGGACAGUAAUGACAGAGAGAGAGUAGCAGAGUCUGCUGAGGAACUCUCUAAGAUGAUCCAGGAGGACGAGCUGAAGGAGGCGGUUAUUCUGGUGUUUGCUAACAAACAGGAUCUUCCCAACGCCAUGGGAGUCAGCGAGCUCACUGACAAACUGGGUCUGCACAGCCUGCGCAGUAGAACUUGGCACGUCCAGGCCACCUGUGCCACUCAGGGUACUGGUCUGUACGAGGGUCUGGACUGGCUGUCCAGUGAGCUGUCGAAACGUUAGCCCGCCUGACAGGAAACAGGAAGCAGCUGACAGAUUUCAUCAACUGAAUUCACCGUGUACAAACUGAGGAAGAGGAGGAGCAUUGCAACGGACUGUUUUUGUUUGUUUUUUUAAAUUAUAAAUGUCUGUCUGUCUGUAGGAGGAAGUGAUGUCAUGGACUCUGAGCUCACUUUGAUUUCCCAUCAUCCUUUUCUGUCCUUCCUGCAGAUGUUUGUUACAUCUUUUUUGUUUUUCUUUUAAUCCGCAUGUUUUAACUCAGAAUCAUGUCACAGGAUGUUAUGGAAAAGGAGGGGCGGGGUUAACUACAGGUGACAGUGUACCUGUGGCCAGGGGGCGGGGUUAACUACAGGUAACAGUGUACCUGUGGCCAGGGGGUGGGGUUAACUACAGGUGACAGUGUACCUGUGGGCAGAGGGCGGUGUUAACUUUAGGCAACGUGUACCUGUAGGCAGGGGGCGGGGUUAACUACAGGUGACGCCUACCUGUUGACACGGGGCAGGGUUGGUAGGGGGCAGGUUUACUGCAGGUGACAGUCACCUGGUCGUGUGAUGACUCAUUCCACAGAGCCGAACCUGAAGGCGUCGUCAUUCCUUAACAAUGUGAAGAAGAAGCAGAGAGACUGAUGAUGCAAUAAAGUUUUUUUCUUCUCA